GUAUGCGGGGGGUGUACAAGGUGAUCGCGAUCGACAUCCACCAUAAACGCAAGCAAGCGUUCCAAGCCUAUUCGUCUGACUGGUUUAUAUAACACAGAGGUAGUCGUUUUUUGAUGCCGUUCGCAAAAGCACAAUUACUGCUAGGGAAUUGCCUGACCUUGAGCGUUAGGAUCAGUAAGGCGUCAACUUAAUCCGAUUAACUGUCGGGAGAUAAAAAAUCAGCUUUCGUCUAUAAAGGCGUCUUAAUCUUCGUGUACGAGUGUGUGUGUGGAUGUAAUGGCCAGCACACAGAUGACAUCCUACGCUAGAAAUCAGUAGUGGGGCGUGUAACAACUCCAGCGCCCACGAUAACAUCCAUCUUAUCCCAUGUGCAGAUUAUGCAUCUACAAUGCAAAGUGUGGGAAGUAGUGUUUAAAUAGACCGUUUCAUGUACGUGUUUAACGUGGUGACGCAUCGCGUUGAAAGGUUCCAAGAAAGCGACUGGCUGCUUCCGACCAGCAGUACACAGAACCGUCCCUGUUGUGUGAAACUGUAAGCGUGCCAGCCAUGGUUUUAGAAAAUCCAGGAGCCCUCGUGCUGUGUUAGCCAAAUUCGACCGUGCGACCCCGGCUAUAUUUAACUUGCCUUUUUCUUCCGACGAACGCUCUGCUCCGGCAAAUGAGGCCACUAAACUGAAGGUGGCCUGAAAUUUGUGUGCGAUGAGAAGGAAGUGAUUUAAAGCUGACGGGCUACUUGAAUGAAUAUGGAACAGAACAGUUCGUCAGGCGGCAGUGCUUCCAGAUCAUCUCCGGCUGUGCCUGUGAGAAACCGGAGGCUUCCACAAAGACCGUUUGACUACAAGUUCCAGCUGAUACUAAUCGGGGACCGAGGAGUUGGCAAGACAUGCAUAUUGGAGAGAUUUUCAGACGACACAUUCAGCAUAUCCAGUAAAUCUACAGUGGGGGUGGAUUUUAAGAUCAAGACUAUCAAAACGAAAGGAAAAACGAUACGACUACAGAUAUGGGACACAGCGGGUCAGGAGAGGUUCAACUCCAUCUCAGCCGCCUACUACCGGGGCGCCAAGGGCGUGCUGGUCGUCUAUGACAUCACCAAUGAAGAAACAUUCGAAAACUUGCCAAAGUGGCUUAUGAUGAUUGACAAACAUGCUGCUCCUGAUAUAGAAGUUAUUGUCAUUGGCAACAAAACAGACAAAGAAGAACUAAGACAAGUAAGCACAGAAAGGGGAGAGAAGUUUGCUUAUGAGCACAACUGUCGGUUCUGUGAAGUCAGUGCCAAAGAGAACUUGAAUGUGAAAGACGUCUUCUUGAAACUGGUAGAUGAUAUUGUAGAUAAGGUGCCUCCAGAAAUUUCUCCCUUCGGGUUUGAAGACACAAAGUUGUCCUUACCUCGGUCGGAACAAGGCGGGAGGGAAGCAUCCAGGGUCUUCUGCUGCACGACGGGAUAGAAGUCACACAAGAGCACAACGGACGUCCCUUCACGAUUCCAUCUCUUCACAUGUUCAACAGUCAGUCGAAAAAGGGGGGAGACUUAUACUCUUAUUCAUAAACUACAUGGGAUAGAACGAUAUCAUUUACAGUCUUAUUACUGGGAACUGUCCUUACAAGUAUGUACUAUGAUGCCUUGCAUUGACAUCCCCCUUUUUCUCCGAAUAAGUGUCUUACGGCGGGGUCACAUUCGUCCUAGGCUAUGGCGUCGUACGACUUAACAUGAAUGUCGUAGUAUUUUCAAGUUGGAUGUGACAGACAAGAAUCUCACACAUCUUUAAUUUUUCCUUAAAAAUUAAACUGAAUUACACUGGCACGACUAUCCCAAGAAUGAUCUCAGUUUGCGAUCGUACGACGAUUGCACGACGAAUGUGACAGAGCCCUUGUGUUAACAGAAUUUAAGAGAACGCCAAGAAAAAAGACUGGGUAAAUUUUAAAAUGAAGGAAUACACAAGAAUGGGUGAUGAUAUUUGGUAUUGUUGGGAAACUUGUUGUACAAACCAUCGAUCCGAAAACAAAAACACAAAGGUACGCCUGUCUUCCUAUAGCUAUAUGUCAUUAAACACUUGAAGGCCUUAAGAUUGAUUUAAAACGUCUGUGUCUCCUCGAGUUCUCUAUGAAAAAAGACAUAAGGUGUAAAUACGUUAUCAUCGACAUGUGUCUAUCAUGGUCUUGAGAUCAUUCACAAUUUGCUGUAAUGACUUAUCAUUAUUGUGUUUAAACGCUUCUAAUGGUUGCUGUUAUAGACAAUUUCAGAUAUUCACUGUUCAUCAUUGAAUGCUUUGCAUGUAAUUUGGUCAUGAUUCGUAAGAAGGCGCUUCGUUUGCACUUCCUUGGAACGACCUUCAUGGUCGUGGUACAGGGGGUAAUUACUUCAAUAGUACGCUGUGAGUAUAUCUUUUAAAAAACAACAAUGUUAUCAUCAACAUCAUAAAUGGGGCAUAACGUUAAAUUAACACCCCUUAAUAAGGGAAGGAAAGAGGCGAUUUGUAGACUUCCAUUUGUACAUAGCAAUUGAGGGGCUCAAAUGAAAUGUGACCAUUAAACAACUGUCUUUGAUGAGAAUACACUUUAUGAAUUAUGGCUGCAUCAUCAUUUGAUACCAACUUUAUUAUUUUUUCAAUCAUGCGAUGUCGGUUCUACCGUUGAAUGGUAAUUGCCCUACUCUGUAAUUUAAAACGAUCUGAAUGAACAUGCAGAAGAAAUAGCUGGAGCACAUUUGCCUCGA